AACGCGGCACGCCUCUUGCCUCACCACAGGCCAGACGAAGAAGCGGACCACACGCCACCAGCUCCACCUCCACGGAAUCAGACGGUCUCCUCCUCCUUUUCUUUCUCCCGUGGACUGCAGCGCCGCCGGGUAGAGAUCCCAAAUCUGCGCCUCGACCAAUUCCUCCUUCCUCCGAGAAUGGUGAUCCUCUAUCCAGGGUGUGUUGCUCCAACAGUUCACCGUGAUUUUCUGCCCAGAUGGGUGCUGCUGAACAACAGCUCGAGAAUGUACUGCCAUGUCUUUCCAGAUAGAACGAAACCGAAAAGGCAAUACAGGCAUCAGUGGGUGCCUUGCUUCUCCAAGGGAUCUUCGUUCCAAGAUCCACUGCCCUCUGUAAAGCCUUCACGCCUUCUUCCAGCAGAGGAACUAAAGACAUAUCCCAACACUGUUCCUGAGGAGAUAUUUAACACGAUCAUACUAGAUGACUCCGAUGCAUUCUAUGUGCUAGAACUGAGCACGAGUAGAGAAUUUAGUUCCUCUUUGGAUAAAAAUUCUGCAAUCUUAAUCUGCCUAUUUGAUGUCGAUGGUGACUCCCUAUUACAAAGAGUACCGGCAAUCUAUUUGGGUCAACCUACACAUGGAUUUAAGACAGAGCAGCAGAUACCCUUCCAAAGUGGUUCAGUUGAUAUCGUUACUUUCAAGGGGUCAAAACUGAAAACGAUUAAAGAAGUCUGGAUCGGUCUUGAAUCAGGUUCAUGGAGAUUAGAUGGUUUGAGCUUGAAAGUAAUACAUGGACCAGUUGGUCAGCCUAAAGAAAUAAAUGGAACUCCAGAACAGAAGUUCAGCGGUUUGCAGUACACUUUUGAGAACGUAAAUGUGUUCCUUGGAGAUGAUGGAGCUUCAGUAGCUGAAGCAAGGCCGACGGCUAUCACUGACCUCUCAGGAGUCGGCCUUUCUGAUCUUCAACAAGGGAUGUUAUCCUCAAGAAGCAAAGCUUCAAGCAUUCAGGAAGUAAGAGAGGAUGGGUUGAGAGAGUACGCCGACCUUAAACAAUCUCUGCUGCUCUAUGACGCAUCUAUAGUGAUAACCGGCUUCUCUACCUUCAUCUUGGCUUCAAAUGACAGCGCUGCCUAUUCGUUCCUGAUAGGUGGCAUUGGAGGGUUCCUGUACCUGUUGCUGCUCCAAAGAUCGGUUGAUGGUUUGCCUGUGAUCGGUUCACCUUCAGAAGCUGGCGGUGCACAGCCUUCGGUAAAAAGUUUCAGCGGUGUAAGGAGGCCAUGGUUGAUACUAUCACUAGUACUGGUUGCAGGUGCAGUUGCACUGAAGUAUGGUGCUGGAGGCGACAGCUUUGCGCUCACACCCACCGACCUCUUUGUUGGCACUGCAGGGUUCCUAGCAAACAAGGUUGCUGUUCUUCUUGCAGCGUUCAUGCCUAUGCUAAGUGACUCAAAGAGUGAAGAUGGAUCUGGUGACAGCAGUUAAUUGGACUUCUUUAAAAAUAUGUUAGUAAUAGUUUCCUAUAGAAGAUCUGUAUUCAAGACUGGAACGGAAUUAGCUGAAGUGCAAAGGACAAGUCCUAGUUUCUGAACUGGAAAAAAGAACCCUCUCAUCUUGGUGACUGUGUCAUCCUUGCAAGGGUUCAAUUCACAGCAAGAGUUCAAGUGUUGUGGCAGUUUGAAGUCAGAAACUUAAGUUGUAUUUUUCAGACAUGCAGGACAGCUGUGUAUCAUUAUAUCAAGAAGAAGAAGAACAAAAGUCUAGGAUACUUUGAAGCACCCUUAGAAAGGCAUGACCAGUACAGCAGAAGAAAAACAGAGACACAAAAACUAAGGACAUGGCCAUAAACUACGGAGCGUUUUGGCUUUUGCCAUACAGCACAACUUGAUUUCAUCUUAGAAACUUGAGUUGUAGUAUAGUAUACUCACCUAUCGGACACUGAACUGUUAAGAUGAUAUACCGACUACAGCUUUGUUGUAUGUAAAAAUAUGACAUUUGUGAGGUUAAAUACACAGUAACUAUCGAAAC